AUGCAAGCUCUGCUGCAAGUUUAUGAAGAGAUGCCGCCCAUAACGCGGGCAUACACUACGGCUUGUGUUUUAACAACAGUUACAGUUCAGUUGGACCUUGUUACGCCAUUUCAUUUGUACUUCAACUGGCAUUUGAUAUUGCAUGAAUACCAGGUGUGGAGGCUAGUUACCUCAUUUUUGUUUUUUGGAUCAUUCGGGUUUAAUUUCCUCUUCAAUAUGAUAUUUACUUAUCGCUAUUGCAUGAUGCUGGAAGAAGGUUCAUUUCAUGGGCGUAGAGCAGAUUUUGCUUAUUUGUUUCUCUAUGGAGCUGCUUUUAUGAUCAUCUGCAGCACUUUCGUACAUAUGGAGUUCUUGGGCCAGGCGUUUACAAUCAUGCUUGUUUACAUAUGGAGUCGUAGAAACCCUUUAAUUCGCAUCAAUUUCUUUGGAGUUCUUAGUUUUAAUGCUCCAUAUUUACCUUGGGUUUUAUUAUUGUUUUCAUUACUUCUUGGCAACAAUGCCAUAAUCGACUUUAUGGGUAUCGCUUGUGGUCAUUUUUACUAUUUCCUCGAAGAUGUCUUCCCUCAAGAGCAAAAUGGCUUUAGAAUACUAGAGACUCCAGAUUUUCUUAAAUGGUUGUUGAAUCCAGCUCCUGAAGUAUCUAUGGAACCGGACGAGAGGCCAGGGGGUCACUUGUGGGGCGAGAGAGCGCCACAGUAA